GGUGGACGAGAACCCGGGUCCGGCGGCCUCCAAGAGCCUGGCCUGAAGGGAGCCAGCCUUCGAAAUCGCCCUGGGCACCACCCCGUGUUAGGUCCGGCCAGAUAUAAUGAAGGCUUAUCUAAAAAGUUGCGACGGCCUGUUGGCCCUGCGGCCAAAGAUAACCACUAUAGGAAGGCACGAAGAUUCAGACAUUGUUCUCAAGUCUGCAGGUGUUGAAGACCACCAUGCUGUCAUUGAAUUCAGCCCUGCCGAGAAUGGCUUCAUUCUCCGGGAUUUCAACUCCGCCCAUGGGACCUUUGUCAAUGAUUGCCACGUCCAGAAUGCAGCCGUGAAAGUGAGCCCUGGAGACAUUUUGCGAUUUGGCUUCAGUGGAACGGCCUUUGAGUUGGUGCUUGAACACGCCUCUCAGGUGUCCUGCCCCCCGAUGAGUCGCCGCACGGCCUGGCCGGGGCCGCUCCAGCUGGCGCCGGAGACAAAGCCUCCUCCAGCCAUGGCGGCAGCUCCUCAGUUUCCAUUCCUUCCAUGUCCGCAGUCCCCACCCGCCGUCCGCAGUUGGGCUUAUGGAGUCAGCAGGACUUCACCACAUCCGCCGCGCAGAAAGAAGCCCAUAAAUGCUUGGGGCAGGCCCGUCUCUUCCCCUGCUUUCUCUCCUGAUCUAUUUGGCAGGACUCCGGCGGUUAUGGCGGGCAAUGGAGCGACUACAGGUCCUCUGACCUACGUUCCCCAGGAAGAUACACUUCUCAAGGAGAGGGAUGAAAUGAUUUUGAAAAUGGGGAAUGAAAUCAGUCGCCUCUCCGGCUUGGAGAGUGAGUGCAAUCGCAAAGAUGCAGUGAUUGCCGAUCUUCAGAAGGAGGUUGCAUCGCUGACGGAGAAGCUGGCAGCCACCUUUUCCCCCACAGAGUCAGAGUUUCGUCAGAGGUUGGUGGGUCUCGACCAGGACGUUGCUGCCAAGACAGAAGAGGUUAAAGCCUUGAAAGAGGAGAUCAGCAACUUGCAGAAAAAUACGAGUGAAGUGUUAUACCAUUCCCUUUCUGAACGAGAUUUACAAAUUGCACACUGGAAACAAGAAACUAAGACUCUGAAGAAGAAUUAUUCUCUUACGAUAGGGCUUGUAACCAGUUUGCAAAAAGAAGCGACGGUGAAGGAGCAAAAAAUACAGCAGCUGAAAAUGGAUGCCGAGACGUUCAGGAGGGAAAACCGAGAGAAGGACAACCGGCUUGCCCAGGUUUCUGCCCAGUGUUCUAAAAUUAAAGAGGAAACGAAGCGGGAACUCAGAGACAGAGAAGUAAACCCAUUGAAGAAUCAUAUUGCCAGCCUGGAGCUACAAGUGAAGAGAUCUGAAGAAGAAAUAAAGACCUUCCGGGCAGAACAGGAAAUCUUAUCUAAUAAGCUUGUUGAAAAAACACAGGCUGAAGGUGACCUGAAGGAAGAAUGUGAGAGGAGGUCUCAGCAGCUGCAGGAAAUGGGACGCCGGGAGCGACUCAUCAAGGCAGACAUGGAGCUGGCAGCAACUCAGGCACAGCGCUUCAGAGACCAAGUGACUGAAAUCCUCUUUUUUCCACUCCCCGAGAGGUCGGUCACAGAUCAGGAGAUUAUGGAGAAGCUAAAACAAAUGCAGCAGAACGAGGAGGAGUCCUAUCAGAAAGAGAUGGUGCUGAAAGAGGAAAUAUGUGCCAAAGAGUCUAAAAUACAGGAAAUCUCUGAAAACAUGGAGCUGUUGAAAAAAUCACUGUAUGGAUUUCAGGAAUUCCUAAAAACAUCCUAUUGUGGCAACAGCUUGAGGAAGGAGAUCUCCACUCUUCAGAACCUCCGCCUGACUCCUCCUGCCUCAGAGGUCCAAUCGCUGGCAGCUGAAGUCCUCUGUCAUUUGCUAAGCUGGGUGGAUGCUGUGGAAGGUCUCGUGCAUGACGUGGGCCUUGAUGUCUCCAGCCCUGCUGAGAAAGGCGUGGCCUCCUACGUGAAGAAGCUGUGGGACCAGCACUGUAACACCACAAGCCAGCUUCAGGCAUUGCAGGACCAGAAAAGGACAAUUGAGGAGUCUCAGCAUUUGCUCCUGCAGGAAAAGCUGAAAGAACUGAAAGAACAACUUGAGGAAGAUUUCCAGGACAAAGAGAAGGAACUUCUGGAAGCUGAGGAGGAACACAGAAAGAUUUUGGAGGGGACGGCUGCCAUGCAGGAAGCAAAAUUGAAGGAAGCCAUUGAUGAGGAAAAGAGAAAAGUCAUGGACUUGGAAACACAAAUGAAACAGUUGGCUCAGAAUGCCAAGAUAAGAGAGCAUCUGGAGAGCCUGGCAGCCACUGAGAGGAGAAAGACUUUGGCAGAGGAACAAUCCGCGGUCUGGGAGAAACGUCUGGAGAAAGUUGAGAAGGAAGCAGAGAUCCAGAAGCGGAGAAACGAGGAGGAGAUUUCAGAAUAUAAGGAACAGGUCAAGCAGCACUCAAGGACCAUUGUGGAUUUGGAAAGCAAGCUUGUGGACUCUGUACAGCACGUGAAGAAGGUGAAGGAUGAAAACCUGACCCUUCAGAAGCAAGUAGAAGAAAUGCAGAGGGAGUCUUGCAGGUCCUUGCCAGUGGGUUCACAAGUGGCUUCUUGCACAGAAGGCUCCCACCUUUUCUUAAAGGAAGACUUGGAUGCUGCAAAAGAGAAAAUCCAGUCUGAUGAGGCUGUGAUUGCAGAAUUAAAGACAGAACUCUCGGGAGCAAGAGCCAGGGUGUCCGACAUUAUCGGAGAACUCGGUGAGAAACAGAAAGUCGAGCUGGAGCAGAAGCAAUGGCUUCUCCAUAGCCAAGCGCAUGAGCUCAGCCGGCUCCGAGAGAACCUGUUGGAGAUGGCUCAGCUUGUGGAACAGAAGGAUGCAGACCUCAAAAUAGCAAGGGAAGCAUUAAGGAACAGCAGAGAUAAGCUGCAAGAGAUGGUGGCAGCAACCAGAGGAAAGGCAGAGGAGCCCGAGAAAGCCCACCAGCACAAGGGCGUACAGACAACAGCCCCCUUGGUGGAUGAAGCCGCUGGGACCAGACAGGGACCAGCCGCUGACCUGGCCGAUCUAGGAGCGAGAUGCAGAGGCUGCAGACAUGAGGAAACAAUCCAUCGCCAAAAAGAUGCCGUGGCUGAACUGCGGCAAAGGAUCAAACUGUUAGAAAAGGGUGGACCCUCGGAUUCCAAAGGCAGAGCUGCAGAACCACUUAUAGUUCUCAGAAAAGGCCUGGCGGAGAAAAAGAGUCAAAAACCGGAGGAAGAACAAGUCACGUCCCCAGCGGCAGGUGCCAAGACGCUUCAGUGUGGCCUGUCCAGCACGGAUCCCAACCUGAUGAUAGAAAGGACUGGGAGGCUGGGAAUGGCUGACGCUCUCGACCUCAGUGAGAACUUGUACCUCCGCUUUAUCCAGGAUCUUGCCAGCCUCGUGAACGUGAAGGAGCUGGGGGGUCUGCAGACGGUCAGGCACCUCCCGCAGGACGAGAGGGAAAAGGUCGGGGCGCUGCGUCAGAAGGACGCUGAGCUGCUUUUCGACAAGGUCAACCAGCUGAAGCAUCGCCUCGAAAGGAAGGAGUCCCUCUUGAAAGAGUACGAGAGAGACAUGGGGAAGUUCAGGACCAGCAAGCAGACCCUGCAGGCUUGCCAGUCGGAGAUUGCCAAAUUAGCUGAGAAGAUCUACCGGGAAUCUGAAGAGAAGGCUCUCCUGAAGGAGGCUCUGGAGAGGACGAAACUGCAGCUGAUCCAGGAGAAGAGGCUGAAUCGGUCUCUGAAACACCGCCAGAGUACAGAAAAGAAGAGCGAGGUGUUGUCAUGCUACCCCUGUACCCUGAAAGCCAGAGACAGGAAGACGGCCACCCCUGAACAACCGCCGCUGCCUGAGAGCCCGGCCACCGCCGUUGGGAGAGGGGCGGAAGCCCCCAGGAAGGUCGCCCUCCGCAGUGCCUCCACCUAGACCGGCCCCUUUGCCAUCAACCGGUGGGUGAGGAGCAACCCCGCCAGCUGUCUGUCGUAGAAAUGCUACAACUUUUUAUAAAACAUCAUUUUAUAAUUUGCAUGUAUCUACACAUUUGUACAGGUGAUGGCCUUACCUGGUCCUUUGUAUCUUCAUGAUCGGACUCGUGGUCAGACUUGGAUUGAAGGCUUGAGUUAAAAUUGUAUAUAAAUUUUCAA